AAGUUACAUUUUAUAAUGAGGAGAAGGCUGCUCAACACACUGUCUGGUGUUAUUUUUCCACAAAGGGCAAAUUUUACUCCUUUUAAACUGGAUAUUGCAUUUUGUUGGAUCUUUUCUUGGUCACAAUAAAGGUAUUACCCUACUGUUAGUUUUAAUUUUUUUGCUAGAGCACACAGAGCUGCUAUUCAGCUGCAAAGGAAAAGCAGGCACCUCCACACUACUUUGCUUGCUCUGCGAAAUGUAAGGUUUUUAACUUUUAUGUUUAUAUAUUCCCUUUUGGAGCAAACGGUCCCCCUGCUAGAUUGAGAAAAUGAUCUUGAUAGGAACGGGCUAUCCCCUGAAGUUUUGGGAGUUUUGACCAACCAGAGACACUGCCACAGCUGGCUUUCUGCUGGCAGUGGGCACCUGUAACCAUUUCCUUUCUUGCCAAGAGCUAAUAAGGCCUGUGUCGCUGAGUUCAGGCUACAAGUAGUGGAGAUAAACUGAGAGGGGAGGGGACAGCAACCAUUCUCUUUUUAGGAGCCUGACUCAUUCUCCAGGAAUUCUCCACAGUGGGGAGGAGAGGCCAAUCCCAACUGGGUUAUGUUUAGUAUGUGUAGAUGGGGAGGUGAAGACAGCAAGCACUUGCAUCAAGAUCAAGGCUCUGAGGCAGGACCAGAACUGCACGUAAAGAUAAAAGGGGUGCCUGGUCAUAGCUAGCCACAAGCAACAGGGGAGAACAACCUGCUUCAGGUAUUGCCAGAAGGGGGAACUGGCACUGGCCAAGACCAAGUUCUCCUUAUUUUACUGUUUGUUUUUUAAAAUGUAUAUUAUCCGGCUUUUCUUCCAUGAAUCCAAAGAGGCAAACUGCAAACAAAAGUAGGCAAAAUGAUUGGGAGUAACAAGAACUGCCAAAUUCAAAACAAAACACCAGUAGUUUUAUAGAGGGUUGGGAAAUCCUGGAAAGCCACUGUCAAAUACUGACCUACAUGAACCAAUGGUCUGACUUGGUGUAAGGCAGCUUCCUAUGUUCUUAUCAGAGUGCAGGAGGGGAAACCUGGGCCGUGAGUUUGAGCCCCACGUUGGGCAAAAGAUUCCUGCAUUGCAGGGGGUUGGACUGGAUGACCCUCGAGCGCCCUUCCAACUCUACAAUUCAAGUCAGAAAUUGUUCUCCCGCUCAAGUAAGUUUAAAUUGUUUUAAAGGGGGACUAGAUAAAUUCAUGGAGGAUAGAUAUGUGUAUUGUACUAACGCUUCUGAAAGCCAAUUGCUAGGGGCCACACAGGAGGAAAGUGCUAUUGCACUCCUCUCGUGCUUGUACCUUUCCUAGAGAGGCUUGAGGCUGGCUACUGUAAAAAACAACAACACAGGAUGCUUGACUAGAUGGACUCUUGGCCUAAUCCAGCCAGGCUCUAGUUAUGUUGCCAUUAACAUCUAUCUUCAUGCUGCUCUAUAAACUAAUAAGCUGUUUCACGCUGCCUUUAUUGGGCAACCAAGCUGUAUGCUAGUCCACAUAUAAACUGUAAGGACUUAUAAUUGUGGAGAUUGGGUAUGGUCUGUUUUAGUGCUUCCAAUCCCUGCAGCUAAUCCCAUGGAAGGUCAAUUUGCAGCCCAUGGGUUGUAUCUGGCUUCUAUCCAAACAGUCUUAUUUGGCUUCUACUGGUCUUGCUAAAUUUUAAUCAAUGUAUGAUAAACAUUGUGUGCACAGAGCAAAUGUGUUUUAAAUGAAUGUGAUGAUGAUGUCACAUUUCACUGUUCUCUCUCUUCCUUUCCUAGACUUCCUAUGUUAUGUCUUGCUUUACGUGCUGUGGGGGUAGCCAAUGUGGUGCCUUCCAGAUGUUCUGGACUUACAACCCCCAUCAUUCCUCACUACUGGCACUAUUUACUGGUGGCUGUCCCUUGCAGCAGAUAAUGCUGACCUUAUUAUGGUAGAGCCUGACAGCUUGUGAAGUGGUAGGAUGGUGCAGUCAAGAUACACACACACAUCCCAGACCUGCAGUAUAGGAAACAGAGUUACUCCCAAUAAUUCAAAAUGGACAAUACUGAUCAAUGAAACUCAGCCUGUGCUGUUGCCAGUGUGCAGGUGUCAGAUCUGUAUAUAUUUUUUACAUUAUUGGCUUCCUGUGUUUAUCUGAGGACAGCCCUGAGCAAAAGAAUAUCCCAUUUUAUUUAGGAUGCUUCCUCACUCACUGACAAUUAAUUACAGCAUCUAUCUAGUAUUGGGGGAGCUAUAAUCUGCAGUCCUGUGCUUUUAACAAUUGAAAGGCAAUGAUGGAACAAGUCAACACAUGGUCUAGAAUUAUCUUGUAAUGGUGCCACUCUAGACUAGCAUUUUCUACAAUUCCAACUGAAGUUGUAAUUGUGUGCACACUUUUACAUUUUCUCCUGCCAUUUCAGGUAACAUACCUAUCAAGCACUACUGAAUCACAAGCUGCUUUGCUCCACAGAGAUUCAUGAGGGUUGCAAAGCAGCUACACUGCUUCAGAUAAAUGAGUUGGCUAGAUGAAUAUCCAGGAACAAGUGGCCUAUUUUAAAAGUGCUAUCAUGGCCCAAACCCUUUUGGAAAUAUAUGAGCUGGAGGAUUCAUCCAUUAAAAUUACAAUUUUUAUCUUAUAUCCUGGAUACUACAAUAGGUUUUUUUUUAAUGCAACAGAUGGAAGUUGCAUUGCUUUCCAAUCAGCACUCCUUGCGGGUAGGAGUGACUUCGCCAGUUGAAUGUCUGCCUACCUCUCAGCUUUUAAAGGCAUAGAGGCCUUCUGAAAGAAAGAAGCCCGCUGCAAGCGGGAACAGUCUUUGCCGCGAGGAGCCAGAUUAUAGUGUCCCCAUUGCACCAGGGACUGUACCUCUAGAACAGCUCCUCUUGGCCUCGGCCGAUCACCCCACUGCUUCUUCCUCCCGGGAGGGGCUGCCCCCCCCCAUAGCCUCCAUCAUCUCCUCUCCUCACCCCGCGAGACCGUGUCCCACCGCGCACAGGCUUCUGUGCCCCGACUUCCUCCCUUCGCACAUUCCGUGAUUUAUUUACAGCCGGAGCCGAGUCGCGCUCUCUCCCCCCACCCCCCGCCCUCCAGGGCAAACAGGAGGCUUCGCCCGAAGCUUCCCGAGCGAGAGGCCGCGGAGCCCGCAUCCCUCGCCCCAGCACCCCUCGGCGCCUGGGAGAGCCCCGCUCUCGGCAUGCCCUGCUCCUCCUCCAGCGUCUCGGGAGGCGGCCGCGCGCUGCCCUGAGUCCCCCGGGAGGCGGCGGGAAGGCCCUUCUUCGCACAGCGCGGCAGGCGGGGGCCCCUCCUGGCGCCGCGCGCACCCGGGUGUUGCUGCCAGGCCCGCCGCCUUCCUGACACGGACUGGCUCCCCGGCCAGGCGCCCGAAAAUAGCAGCUGCCUCGGCAUGGAGCGGGCGGCGGCGGCCCCGGCCUCGGAGCAGGUAAGCCCGGCGGAGAGACCUCCCCGAGAAAGGGCUUCGCGGCGGGUGCCUUUCUGCCGGCCAGGCCGGCCCGGGGAGCACGGACGGAGGGCACUUCCUGGCGCAACAACGCCGCGACCACUUCCUGCUUUCGGUUGCCGGGGGAGUGGGGCUAGCGGGGCUUACCUGAGCCCCGGAACCUGCUCCCCAAGCUCAUUGGACACCCUUCAGUGUCAAGAACGGAGCUUUUGAGCACGUGCUGAGCGCUGCCGGGCUGCGUUUUCUCUCCCACACCUUCGGGUGCGAUUCCUAGGCGUGCUUGGCCCGUAACAAUUUCGCGUUUAGAAAUUGAACUCGGUGCUCCGACUCGUCUGCUGCCGAUUUAAAGAAAUCUUAUGCAUCAAUGCGAUCCGCGCAAGUGUUCGGGUGAACAGAAACAAAAGCUCUGAAGACAAUGGGAGAAACGCACGCGCGUUUUGUUUUUAGAGAAUGCAAGCACGUGUCGUCAUAACUGGCUCCCUCUAUAUCAGAAAACAUGCAUUUCGUGUGGCGUUGCUAUUUGUUUAAAAAUCUGCUGAACUGAGGACACCUUUUUAAUCAACGCAUUUAAUUGAUCAAUCGAUCAAGCAAAUAGUGCAGCCAUAAACGAGGUGAGAGAAAGUUGGCAGCUGAAUCCCAUUCCUAUAUGGCUCUCUUGCUGUCUUGCAAGUGCCUUUUUUAAUAUUAUUAAAACUUUCCUCCAAAACCAGGUCUUUGGUCCUUAACUUAUCUGCGGCCUUUUAGAAGUGGGUGGGAUGUUCUUAAUGUAUUUCUCUUCCCUCUUGGUUUUAAUGUAUCUGUGUGGGGUUUAUUGUCUAGUUUGUUUAUUUAGCUGUAAGUUGCUUUGGGUUGCCCUGGGCAAGAUAAACCAACUGGCACAUUAAAUAAAUUAAUUAAAUAAAUUACUGGUUAUAUUUGUCAGCUGGCAUGUUUCUGCUUUCUGUCAGUUGCGGUAGGAAAAUUGUGGGCAACCAAAUCUCUACCUGGAGUUUGUUCCAUGUCUCAGCAUGUGUUUGUGUCUGAUUGCACUCUGCUCUUACGCAUGUUUCCUCCUGUGUCUGAGUACGCAUGCAUUGUAGUUGAGUAUGUUGUCUGUCAUGCACAGUCUCUGACUGGGUGCAGCCUGAAUCAGCUUUAUUGGAUCAUCUGUGUCUACCCCUUCCACAUUAACAAUAGACCCUUUACUGCAGUGUCCUUACAGAUGCUAGCUUUGGGUACUAACUGGAGAAGCCAUAGGUAUGAUUGUUGGGGAUUGUUAGAGCUAGAGGUCUCCUCUCCCACCAUGUCACUGUUUCUUAAUUCCCUUGUGGUAUAGCUGGUUAAGCCAUCCCCUUUCCCAUGAUGUAAAAAGAAGGACAUACGGUUAUCCUACCCAAGAUUUAAACAUCUGCUUUCCCACAACAUGCUUAACAUUCCCUGCAAACAACUCUGCCUGCAACUUGAAAAGCUCUAACAAUAGGAAGGAAAUAAACAGCAGCCAUGUGAGGAUGAAGGAAAUGGCCCCUGCCUGCAGAAAAUAUGUGAAGCACUAAGUUUUUUGAUCCCUCCAGCAUUCUGUUUGAACUAGAUUUGUAGCACUUUGGGAAUUGAGGGCCUAGGGUGGAGUCUGAGGUUCCCCGUCCACUGCAGAAUUGUAGCUCUCACUCUUCAGAUCCUAAAAGCUGAACUAUUUUGCACAUUGAAUGUGGACCACAGGGGCCACUUUUUAACUCUCUCCAUUUUUCCUUAACUCCCAGGCAGCACCACUGAGCAAUGGCCUCCAGCCUCAGGAAGCAGGUGGGUAGUGCACUGGUUUUGCCUGCCGGUGGUGGAGUGACCGCUUUCAAGUACAGACUUCACUGCCUGCCAGCCAGACUGACUCAUGACAUGUGUUGCAGGGAACAGUUUGGGGUGUUAAUUGCCUGCUUUGAGUGUCUUCUAAACUUGCUAAUUCAUAACAGCAUGAUUGUGUGUACUAACUUUGGGACAUUAUAUAUCACUUUUUGAGCCAUGCUGCGAGCCAUCCGAACCACUGCCUCCCCUAUCAUUCUAGUCUUGGAAAAUCUCAGUUGUACCCAGAUUUCACUUUUUGCUUUCCUGUUUGAGAAUGGCUCCAGUUCUGCUAUUACCUGUGAAACCCAUCCUAAUGUCAUCUUACAAAAAACUUACCAUAUGUGAGGCCUGAGUUCAAAAUCUGGGCUCAUACCUAGAUUCCUUGGAUAAGCCCAGUAUUGCCCAUCUUCCAUUUUCUAUCUGUCAGAUGGGAAUAUUGGUGACCUACCUCACAGGGUUGUUGUGAGGGCACUCAAUAAAGAUAAUGAAGCUAUUCAACUGCCACAGAAAUGUGUGAAUAAAUACAGUAUACAGCCCCCUCCUGACCGGGUCUGCUUUUUCAGAGCAAGUAGUUAGCCCCUUUUACACUUUCCCCUCUACUGUAAAAUUUGCAGAAGAGAGUUUGGGCUCUGUCUGAAAUCAACGAAUGCCUUCACCUUAGGCUGAAGUGUGUGGGUUGCUGCCUGUCAAGGGAUGUAAACAAUCAACUAACUGGAUGUGCUCUGUGGGGCAGGGUGGGGUAGGGUUGGUCAGUGACUGCUGCAGCUUUUGGCUGCUUCUCUGUGCAAGUCACGGGUUGUUCAGCUCAGCAUGCGUGUUCCUGCAGUUUAUGUGAGAAGAUACCAUUUCUUUAGGCUUAGUGAGAAGGAGGGAAGGUUGUGUCAGUCAAAAGGGCCAAGAUUACUUAAAUGUUUCACCUACCAAGAAGUUUUUGGUGUCUGGAUUUGCAAUGCCUCCCCUUACCCACUAGGCCCCAACCUGUCUCUGGAUGUUAAGGAAUCAGCGUUGGAAGCCAAGGUUGUAGGGCAAGAGGCCAAGGACCUGGCUGCAGAUGGCAAAGGUACAGAGUUGAGCAUGAUGAAUGUGAUGUCAGAUGGCAGGACCAUGGACGGGGAUCCCAGAGCUGUUGGGCUGGAUGCCAAGACUGCAAAUCGGGAUGGCAAGGUAACAGCUGGGGAUGCCGUUGCUACAGAAUCGGAUAUUAAGGCUGCAGAUUCAGAGGCCAGAGAAUUGGAUACAGCUGACAACUACGGUGGACCACAGGCCACAGUGACAGAUAGGAGAGAAACAGGUCCAGGGGGCAAGGAGGAUGUGAUGCCAAGAGGCAGGUGCAAGAGCUGGAACGCCAGUGCCCCCACCCUGAAUGUUAAAGAUGCUGGUCAGCAAAACAAAGGCACGGUUGUGGAUGCCAAAGCAACAUCAGAAGUCACCAAGCCAGAUGAGAGCAACAAAGAUGACGAUGGUGACAUCAUUUCUCUCGACUGUGAAAUUCUUGGGUUUGGUCCUGAUACUGAUUUGCUGGGACCAGAUGCUGAGACUUACAUGCAUUUCAUGCGGCGCCACCACUGUUAUGAUGCCAUUCCCACCAGCUCCAAACUGGUAGUGUUUGACACAACCUUGCAGGUAAGGGGGGAAGUGGGAGCUGUUGUGGGUCAAGGAAGGGGAUAGAAAGCUGGUCAUUUUAAUAAUGGGAUAAUGGAAGCUCAGUUCUUUACUAAUCGGGGUGGGGAACCUGUGGCAAUCCAGAUACUGUUGGGACUGAUGUGAGUUGGAGUCCCGAUCCCUGUUACAAAUCCUGAAACAUCCAGCAAAGACAGGACAGUAGUCCAACAGGCUCAAGUCAACAGCUCUGCUCCCUCCCUCUCAAUGUUCCUAGUAAAAUUGUUAUCAGCACUCAAGAAAAGCUAGUUCUCAAAAUAGAAUACAGGGUGGAAUGAUGCGGAUGGGAGUGUGCAAAAGGCUUGAAUGUGAGUGGCUUAGAUAACACAGGGUUGGGAAUAAUUGGUAUCCCUUUUCUUUCCUUAUGUAAGUGAAGGCUUGCUUUCACUUUCACAAUUAUACUUGAGGAACGCUUCUGGUUUUUCAAAUUUAUAAUGUUUCUGAACUGUUCAUCAUGCAAUUCCAGAUUUGUGUACAGAAGGAUGAAUAAUGCUGUUCACACAAGAAAAAACAUAAAGGGGCAGAAUUCAUUUAACUAGUCCUGUUAGUGGAAGCCAACAUGAGGACUUACACUAGUGCAACAUGUCCUCCAACAUGUUAUCUGAAAUUGGCUCAGGGGAAGCUGAAAAGCUGAUGGACCAGUUGCCAUAGAGUCACACUGAAUUCCUCCCAAGGAGUAGGGAAGGCAGAAUAAAAUAUCUUGCAUGCCAGUGCAGACAGGAGUAACUUCAGACAGCGCUUGCACCCCUGACAUUGUGACCUCCCCUGACAGGGAUUCUGCACUGAAGUUUGUGGGGGUUUUCCUACCCUUUUAGUACAUGUCUUCCCUCCCCCCAUAUAACUAUACUACACUCAGCAGUUUUCAACUUCCUUCCUAAUCUGUCAGGUAUGGGUACUUGACUUUCUGCUAUGGCAGGCAGUGUGUGUGUUGUGGGGAGCUGUAGAAAUUAAUAGAGCACAAAGCUAUCAAUGGUUACUAGCUGCAAUGACUGUGUUCUCCCUCCAUUUUAGGAGGCAGUAGGCCUCUGAAUACUAGCUAUUUUGGAAUACAAGUGGAGAGAGUGCUGUUGGUCUUCAAUAUGCAUCUGAAUGGCUACUGUGAGAACAGGAUUCUGGACUAGCUGGGCCUUUGGACUCUUCUUAUGACACUGGCAAAGCUGGAUAUAGGAACUCAAAUCCAUCUGCAAGGAUUAAACAAAUAGAUGCUCACUUACAGGAUGAAGCAAUUCUACCUGUUUCAUCAGGUUAUUCCUGCUGCUGCAAAUUUACCUUCCCUCAUAUUUGUUGUAGUUCAUCACAUUCCUAGAGCUGUGAUUUAGGAGGAGGUAGAAUCGUGGGAAGAGAUCAAACUAGGAAGAAAGUCCAAGCCCCAUCAUUUGGUAAAAAAUAGGCCUAAGAUUGUUGCCCCCUAAAAUUGAACCACAAUGUUUAAUAAUAUCUAGUCUAGCAGAAGAAUAUAAUUUCUACAUAGAGUUGGAGUCCAAGGGGGUGCAGUGUGGGGGAAUACUUCUGGAUUUUCCCCAGCCCAGCCUUCUUGGCUGGAUGCAGCUGUUUCCUCACCCUGUAGAUCUGGGCUGACCAAUGUGGUGCCUUCCAGAUGUUGUACUACAAUUCCCAUCAGCCUCAGACCAAUGGUAAGGAUGACGGGGGCUGAAGCCCAACAAGACCUGAAGGCCACCACAUUGACUACUCCUAACUGCAGAUAGACAGGAAUAUUGAACAGCAACUGCCAGUCUGGCCCACCUAUUAUUUUUUCCUCCUGUCCCCAGAUAAAGAAGGCCUUUUUAGCCAUGGUGGCCAAUGGGGUGCGAGCAGCCCCUCUCUGGGACAACAAGCAGCAGUGUUUUGUGGGUAAGUGAUGCUGCAUUCAGGAGGGCAACACAGGACAGCAGGUUUUGGGUAAAAGGAAGUGUGAACUGGGAUUUCAUAGGACUACUGCUGGCCAUUCAAACUGUACUAGGGAUGGUCAAGAAGGCAAGGUUGGGUGUGUGCAGGAAUUCUGCAGGUGUCUUAUUAUGGAAAGGCUCAACCAUCUGCUGUCCUGAGAACUGGGGUUUGCGCAAGGUAGCCCUUCAUGCCUGUUGCUUCAGCUCCUCCAGACCUACACCUGUGUGUAUCCACUCUCUUCCUUUUCCUCUUUCCCCCACUCUCUCUUACUGCAGGUAUGUUGACUAUCACUGACUUCAUUAACAUCCUACAUCGCUACUACCGAUCACCUCUGGUGAGUUUUCCAGGACUGUUCAAUUGCCUUUGCAAGAUCUGGAGCAAACCAACUUCCAGCAUCUCCCUCCCAAUAUGUACAGGGGUGGAGGUGGGUGGGCAGGGGCAGGGGCAGAGGGGUGACAGCAAAGCAAGAGGACCUGUGACUUCAAAGUACAAGUGUGAGCUGUUUGGAACUCUCACUAUCUUAUCCAUUUGUGGGUGACAUCACCCUGCUCACGAGUAACAUUUUGUUCUGUUUUUAGGUUCAGAUAUACGAGAUUGAGGAACACAAAAUUGAAACGUGGAGAGGUGAGGAGGGCACCACUAGGGGGAGUAGUGUAUGUAUGAAUGCUAUUGAAUAUCUUUAAAAUUGAUUGUCAGCAGUGGAAGGUGAAUUGCACUCUGUGUGUGCACGUGUUUACAUCUGUCUCCCUGCUUCUGGCCUUGAUUUAAACAGUUCCUCUCUUAACUUGGUAUCCCUUCCUGCUUGAUAGUCUAGACAAGGCACAGCCAGCAUUUAGUCCAACAACAACUAAAAGACAACAGCUCCCAUAAUUCCCUCCCAUUGGCCAUGCUGGCUAGGGCUGAUGGGAGUAGGGGCCCAUUGGCCACCCCAGCCCUUAGGCAAAGGGUUUAGGUUACAGUACUCUAGGGAUCGGAAACCAGUGACUUCUGGUUUUGAUGGGCUCCAUCAGCCUUUGCCAGGAUGACCAACAACAAUCUGGAGGGUCACAGGUUCACCCUCCUUGCACUACAGGCUAUUUUGCUGCAUUCUGAUGAAAUUCCAUGUGCUGUAGCCCAUUGCUGUGAGCUCAUUGGAUCCUGUCCCAUUUCUGUCCCUGGUGUUUCUACUUACUCUCUCCCUUUGAGCUUGAUGCACACAACCACCCAGAAGAGGUACCUUCCAGAAGAGGUACCUACCGCUAAUGCGGUACCUUCCAGAUGUUGAUCCAACUCUUUUCAUCCUUAGCCAGCAUGGCCCAAUGGUCAAGGAUGAUGGCAAGUGAAAUCCAACAUAUGAAGGGCACCAUGUGGGCUGCCCCUGACUCACAGGGAAGGUGCAAGGCUCAGGGAGGAUCCUCCAUCUGCUCACUGCUUGCAUGUUCAAUGGUGGAGCACAUGCUCUGCUUGCAGAUGAUCUGAGAUUCAAUCCCUGGCAUCUCCUGUUGGGGUAGGUAAAUGCCCCCUAGCUAAAACCCUGGAGGGUGGCUGCCAAUCAGGACGCAGGCAGUGCUAGGCUUAAUGGGCCAUUGGGCUGAUUCAGUACAACAGCUAUAGUACUCUUUCUCUCUUCAAAGUGGGGAAACCCAUCCAGAUGGGCAGGGUAUAAAUAAUAAAAUUAUUUUUAAAAAAGUAUUAUGCAUUGAAUCACUGUCCCAAUUUCUUAGAUGCUUUCAAUGUACAUAACAUGGGAAGAAAGUUGAUGUUAUGGUAAAUCAUCUUCAACUUGGCAGCGAUUAACCAUAUGGUAUAGUGACCUCUGGGACGUGGGUGGCGCUGUGGGUUAAACCACAGAGCCUAGGACUUGCCAAUCAGAAGGUCGGUGGUUCGAAUCCCUGCUACGGGGUGAGCUCCCGUUGCUUGGUCCCUGCUCCUGCCAACCUAGCAGUUCAAAAGCACGUCAAAGUUCCAGCGGGAAGGUAAACGGCGUUUCCGUGCGCUGCUCUGGUUCGCCAGAAGCGGCUUAGUCAUGCUGGCCACAUGACCCGGAAGCUGUACGCCGGCUCCCUCGGCCAAUAAAGCGAGAUGAGCGCCGCAACCCCAGAGUCGGUCACGACUGGACCUAAUGGUCAGGGUCCCUUUACCUUUACCUAUAGUGACCUCAAGCUGUUAUAUGCGAAAAUCUAAGAAACUCAUCAUCCUUCUAAAUAGAUUGGAAACCCAACUGACCUCUUUUGCCAGAUUCCCCUCCCCCCACAGCUUCAUCCUUAACCUGUAGUAGUUCUCCCAUCUUACCUAGGGCAACGGUUCCAUAUACUAUUCAGGUGCUUUCCUUUCUCCCCAGAGGUGUAUUUGCAAGGUUUCUUCAAACCCUUGGUGUGCAUCUCCCCAAAUGAUAGGUAAGUCAUUCCUGAUGCUUGCUUACCCCUCCCACAGAUCCCUCCUCUUUGGCAGUAAAGGUGGGAAAGAAUUUUAAUGAAUACAUAAUAAUAGUGUGGCUAGCUUUGAUGGAACGAGUCUUGUACUUUUAACAACUGCAUGGCAGUUGGUAUAAAAGAGUGAAAUUUUACUCAUCAGUUCCUUGCCAGGAAACACUUCACUUGUUGAUUUCUGCCUGUCGAACAGCUGAAUGCACAGAGCCUUUGUCCAUAAUAGGGGUGGGGGAACCCUCACUGUCUCACAAUGCCUACUCCAUUUAAAGCAGCUGUGCUGCAUGAUGGCCAAAGUGGAAGUGGUAAAUAGGUACAGUCCCUGGGCACAGGGAAUCUCCAGGCAUGUCAUAUUGCCCUUUUGUUUCUCCCUUUCCUAGCCUAUUUGAUGCUGUUUAUUCCUUGAUUAAACACAAGAUCCAUCGGCUGCCUGUUAUCGAGCCCAUCUCAGGGAACGUCCUACACAUUCUGACCCACAAACGUAUCCUCAAGUUCCUGCAUAUCUUUGUGAGUGUCUGGUGGUCCCAAAUUCCUCUUGGCAUAGUUGAUGGCAAGGCAGAUUAUUUUUGGUCUCAGUGGGGCCUAUGUUGGCCCAGUGCCCGAUGCUCUCUUUUAUCAUUUAUUUAUUGGUACAGAGCCAACAGGGUACGUGGUGCCUUGCAGAGCUGCAUAGGGAAAAACAGACUGGCCACUUCCCUCAAGAUGCUCAUGAUCUAAAAUAGACAAUUUGGAAAACAGUAGAAGUUGGGAGAGAAGGGCGGAAGAUGAAUGUGAGCUAAUGCAGCUAGGUGUAUUUACAGCUUGAUUACAGCUGGAAUGGAGGAGUAAGAGGUUAGGCUCCACUAGGGAUGUAAAAAGGUAUUUUCUUUUUUGUCCCAUAUUCAUUGUCUGCAGCUCUAUUUCUAUUCUGCUGCAGUUCAGCUUCUGCAAAAAAAGUUAUCCAGCUCACUGUGGCCAAAUUUAAUAAUGCAAUUAAUUACAUUAUUGUGUGAAUGUACAUCAUUCAUUUCCAUUGUGGGGCAGGGGGAGCAUCAUCAAUAAUGCACUGAAAAAAUAACCUCCUCUUCUCUCACUACAGGGAGCCAUGCUUCCAAAGCCACGAUUCCUGCAGAAAACCAUCCUGGAACUGGGCAUCGGCACCUUCCGUGACGUUGCCAUGGUCCUGGAGUCAGCCCCUGUCUACACAGCCUUGGAGAUUUUUGUGGACCGCAGGGUCUCAGCAUUGCCUGUUGUUAAUGAAAAAGGUACUUGCUGCGGGGAGCUCCUCUGCUCUGCUCACCGCUAUGUUUGCUGUUUCAGCUGAGCCUUGCCCCUCUCUCAUAUGUUAUCAGCUUUCUAAUUCAUCCUCUACUUUUUUCUUGGGCUCUGAAAUUCCAUAAACCCUAUGUGACAUUUAUCAAACAAUCUGAGCCAUCGCAUGAUGUAGCUUUUGCCAAGCUGCACCGUUUUGGGGUUCCAUAUUUGAAUCCCACCCACCCUGCUUGAGCCAAUGAACCAUAGUGCUAUAUGUAACAUUUCAGAGAUAGUGUUAAAUCACCAUCACCCAGAUUUUGUCACUUUUGUAAAUUCCACCCGCUGUCAUAAAAUCAGGAACCCUGAUUUUUAUGUAUUAACUCAUAAACUUCAAGAUGUGAUAAAAGCCUGGAAAAGUGGUCUUCACAUAUAUGAUAAUAUGAAUGAAUAAUGUUCUGUGUCUAGCUCUAUUCAAUACUUUGUGAGCGGAUUUUUUCUUUUAUCGGGUAUUUCUUAAUUAUUUUUCUGAUUAAUACAUAUGGAAUACUUGCUUAAUUGCAAUGUAUUAAAUAUAUCAAUACUUUUUAAAAAUGGAUGAUAGCUACAUUAUGAGGUGGGUGAAUGGGAGGGUUUUCUCUACUGAGUCCCUUAUAAUGCUUCCCUCACUUUCUCUUUACAGGGAGGGUGGUUGGCCUCUACUCUCGCUUUGAUGUGAUUGUAAGUACAGCACAAUCAUAUUUUUGCAGGUGUGAAGUUGGUUGGCGGGAGAAUGGAUUUUUUUAGUAGCCAAAGAUAAGAAAACAGAAUGUUUCCCUGUCUUGCCUCUAGGGGAUGCAGUACCUGUUUAAAAUUUUAAGAUGGGAAGAUCACUUGGUAGUUUGUGUGUGUUUGUGUGUGUGUGUGGUUUGGUAUCCCUCGCAAAUGUUUCCUGAACUCCAUCUAUCUAAAGGGAUUGAGGUGGUGAUACUAAUUUUCACUACUAUUUUUCAGCUCUAGACAGAGAAGUCAGCAGCGGUUUCCCUCUUAAACAUAGGGCGAAAAGCAAAGGAGAACAUUGUCUCCAAUGCUGUGAUUCUAAAUUGAUGGCGGAUUAGGGUCCAUUUAUCAAAGUGGCUGUCACAAGGUGCAUUAAACCAGUGUGUAGCAACUGAGCCUUGUUUCAGCAAGAGUUACCUGGAUAUUAAAGCCAGAGUUCUCCCACCUUUGCAAAGUGGGAUUGGGGUAGCUUUAUUCUCUGGUAAUGCCAAACCUUCCUGGAUGAUCUGUCAUGGUGGCUUCAAACCAUUUCCUUGUCUCUGCUUAGCACUUGGCUGCCCAGAAAUCCUACAACAACCUGGACAUUACUGUGGGGGAAGCACUGAAGCAGCGCUCAGUCUGCCUGGAAGGGGUGCUCACCUGCCAUCCUUACGAAACGAUGGAAGACAUUAUUGAUCGCAUCGCCAAGGAGCAGGUAUGCCAGAGUGGAGCAGGAAGAAUGUGCAGCUUUAGGUAACAGUUACUCUGUGGCAAGACCUUGACCUCUCCAGUUCCAUAAAAUCUGCCUUCAGGAGUUCAGCCUAAACCUCUUCUGUCUCUGCUUUCUGCUUACUCAAGUCAUGCCCAGUGACACUUCAUAAUCCAGUCAGCCUCUAAUCCUGUCGCCUGAUUGACUUUGCUCUAUUGGCAUAGGUGUUCCAGCAGUAACCAUCUCUAGCUUGUUCUUCCCCAUGACACUCAUGGAAGAGACAAGUCCACACUAGUGCCUUACAGGCCCUAGGAAAAGGAUGGGAAAUAUUGUGGAAUACUGUAUUCCAACCAUUUAAGCAAAAAACAAAAACUCCCAAAAUAAUUCUCAUGAGACAUCUCCAGGGCAGAAUCUAUUCCCAAUGAAUCACUUGAAAUGGGGGUCCACGGGGAAAGCCGAGAGCCCGCAUAGAAGAGGCAGAUUGCUCAGGUGGGUGGUCCCCAAGGUAAGUGAAACCAUCUUCAGAUGCUGAUGAGAACUGGACACCUAAAGGCUGCUUCACAUGUUAUAUGAGAGAAACAGCUGUUUGCUGCCAUACAGCAGGAAGCCAUGGCAAGUCCCGGCUCCCUGCUGCACAAACAGGUCUCAUGCAUAUGGCUGGAAACAUCUAUCUGUUGCGUGUAAUGAUUUACUGAACCAAUGGGGAACCUGUGGCCCUUCGCAAAGCAUUGGGACCCCAAUUCCCAUCAGCCCCAGCCAGCAUGGUCAGUGGUCAGGGAUGAUGGGAAAUGUAGUUCAGCAAAAACACCUAGAGGGUCACAGAUUCCCCAUUCUAGAAGCAAACAGGUGUUUCCAUAUGCAAACACACAUACCUUAAACAAUUAUAAUGUGGGAAGCAGCCCUAGACUUAUUUUCUGUACAGCACAGUUGCUCCUCUGCAACUAAAGACUAAUAGGCGGCGCAACAGCACUCAGCUUUAACUUUCCUGCCUGCCAUUCUUAAUUGUAACUUUUCCCAUAAUGCCCUGUCCCUCGGCUAUCUUGCUGUACUAGGAUGGUGAUGAUGUUAAUAAUAAUAAUAGCAUUAUGCCACCAAAGGGAAACGUUUCUGAGGUUUGCCUCAGGUGGGAGGGGUAACUCUAGCCCUGUGGAUGUCAAGCACUCAUCUCAGCUCAUCCCGUUACUCUUCUCUCGAUGAUGGUGUGUGGCUCACUCAUCUGGCAGGUCCAUCGUCUGGUUCUGGUGGAUGAGAAGAAAACCCCGCGGGGGAUUGUGUCCCUCUCUGACAUUCUCCAAGCCCUGGUUCUCACGCCUGCAGGUAUCGAUGCCCUAAACUCUUAAGCCGCCUGACGCUCCAUCCUUCCUCCAUUUGUACCCUCCAUUUCCUCCACUUCUCUCCAGCUCAGGUAGGCCCCAUGCCUUGGCCUCUCUGGCCUCUGCCCUGCUGCUCGUUUUUGCCUUGCUGCUGGGUCUCUCUUGUCCGUCCGGCCAAGCCAGGUCUGUAUUUCUGUCUGUCUAGAACCAAACACCCAGCCUGGAAGGGAGGCCAAUGCUAUGGAUCGUAAACACAGCAUAGCUUUGUAGGAGGAGCCUCUUCAUGAGAGGUCCGCAGGGUGGCAAUACAAGAAUGGGCCUUUUCUGCAAUGACUCCCCAGGGAGGCUCACCUGGCACCUUCAUCCAGGCACCAAGUGAAAAUGUUUCUGUUUAACCAGGCCUUUGGCUGAUUAACAUUCUGUGUCCUUUUUAAUGUGUUUGUGGGAGGGAGGGGGUUAUGGGUUUGUUUUUAUUAUGUAUUUUGCAUUUAUUUUUAUGUUGUGAACUGCCCUGUGAUCUUCAGAUGAAGGGUAGUAUACAAAGUUAAUACAUUAUUAUUUAUUAUUAUUAUUAUUAUUAUUAUUAUUAGGGGGGCUGCUCAGACACACACAGGCAGGGUUCCAGCUUCUGGGUAGAGAGAGGCCUCCUGAUACAUCAAAGCUGCGCUUAAACCUUUAAAAUCAGCAGCUUCUCAUUCCACCUCUAAUCCAUUUGGAUUUUCUCCUUACUCUUUUUCACAUCCCUUGGUGCUGGCACGACGCACCAAUUGUUGGAAGUGUUUUGUUGCAUGGGAAGAGCCUGUUAAAGAACUGGACGGCACUAGAGGAAUCCUCUGCAUCCAGAAAAAUAAGCAGCUGUGUAGUGGGAAAGCUGGUGUAUGUCUCACAUAUAUGUAAAUUUCUUUUGGCAAGAGUGUUAGUAGAUGUGCUGCAUGUUAGAUUCAUUUACAAUUGCAAUGAUAAAACCCUGCUUUUCCACAGCAUUUCCCUAGCACAGAUUUUAUCACAGGGAAAUGGUGUUUUUUCAGUAACAACCAGUUCACUGGGUAACAUGAGCUGGGGGUUAUGUUACUUCCCAUGCCCUAUAGUCACCCCAGCUGAUUUCUUUACCUGUUGUGGUUGCUAAAGGCACAGAGGCAGUUACAGCUUGGGGGCAGGUAGAGUGUCAGGUCAGCUGGCAAGCCUAGCCUUUAAAGGUUGCAGUGGAAAAAGAUGAUGUUUAGUAGAUAAAGCACACACAGCCACAGUUCCCCACCCCCAAAUUCCCCCCUUUAUCUGAAAGCUCACCUGUAUUUUUCAUAAUCUCUCAUUUCUUCUCCCCAUCUCCUUUCACAUUUAACUUGUAUCCUGCUUUCCCCUGCCAGAAACAGCCUGCUUCUUUAAUCCCUUCUCUUUGUUCCCUUUACGUUCACUUCUUCUCUUACUUCCAUUCUUUUUAUUCCCAGUUAAUUUUAUUUAGAUUAAUAUUUAAUCUCUCCAAUUUAAAGGGCUCAGCAAUCUCCCUUGCAACAAGGCUACCCUUACCAUUGUGGGGAGUGGGGACAGUAUAGUAGUUUACUAUUGCGGGAUCUAGCUUCUGCUACUUUUAUUACAUUAUCUACAAGUUUUCGGGGGUGUCGUCAGCUUUCUCUCACUCAUCCACCUGCAUAGGAGCAUCUCAGUGAUGGAUGAGCACAGCAGCUAGAAAAAGGAGCUAAGGAACCUUCUCCUCCCAUCUUGACCUAAGCUAUAAAGGGUGGGUGGGGUAGAUCAGCCUCUUGCCUUGCCUCGCUGGUGCACAACCUAGACUACCCAUUAGUUGUUAUAGCAACCACAUUAUUAUUUUCUCUUGCGUUUACCACUCAAUUCCCCCCAAAAGCACACAAUUCUGGCUGAUGUGGCUCCCAGGAGAGGCUCUGGCCACAGGUACACAGGCUGCCACCACCUACGGCUUCUUGUUGCCUUGUUCCACUGGGCUUGAGUCUGAUUGAUCUCCCUUGUUCUUGCCUGAUGCCAUGGGCUCCCUGGUUCACUGUGUUGCCACCUUCCCGCAACUAGCUGUGUGUACGGCUGCAUCUGUGCUCCUACAUGUUUGUACGCAAGCUGGGGUGGAUUUGUCCGUGGUCUGUGUAGGGUAGCAUCUCUUUGGUCAGCGCCUGGAGCCACCAUGCCACAGAGGGGGUGGCUUACCUGUGCAGUCCUCAUGAUGUUGUUGGACUCCCCAAGUCAGAUCAGCCCUCAGCCAGCAUGGGGAACAGUAUGGGAUGAUGGGAGGUGUAGUAGGACAUCUAGGAGGGCCACACAUUUCCUGGGCCUGAUAUAAGGAAAUGCAAGUUGCCUCAAGUAUAAUUCACUGCAGAAUAAAUCAGUGGGAUAGAGCUGCUUAGCCAAAAUCCUAAGCCAUUUUUUUGCUGCAGAACCCCCCGCUCCCAGUACAAUGCUUGAAAGGCAGCUAAGAAACUGCAAAUAAGUUCGAUCUGCACCUAACCUCUGGCUGAGUUACUUUUAGGAUUGCCACUCAACCAACUGGUUUUGAGUCCUGAUUAUCUAGUUUAUGAUAGAGCACAAGAAAUUUAAUAAGCUUGGGCAUGUAACACCAGUGGCUAAAACACUAAAGCUCAGAGCAGCUUCCCUCGGGUUCUCAGGCAGUCUUCCCCUGUAUAUGGCUUUCAGGCCCAAACUUGCUCAGCUUGAGCAAUGCAACUGCUUUUAAGCAGAACACCCCUCUCUGGUAAUUGCAACCACGGGACUACCCAAGAACCGUAAGGGCUGGGCUGGAGAAGAGAGACCGCCAGCUAACAUGAUAAAAAGCAGCAUGAAAAGAGGAGGUGCAUUUCAGGCACCAACUAGCCUCUGAUCAUCAAAAGCCUCUAACUGUAAGCAAGAGGUUUUGAACUUUUAGAAACUUUACUGAUCACCCCAUUUGGGAAGAUUUCUUUUUAGUGAGGAGGCCUCUGCAUCCAAUGAGGCUUCUGCACGUUCUCUAGGCCAGGAGUUUGUUAUAGGAGGCACAGCCUGGCCUGUGUCUAUGACUGCAGUGAUUCUUCCCAGCAGGCCAGCUUGGGGGACAGGACUUAUCUUCUGGGAUAUGUAGUUCAUGGAAGGAAACAGCUGCUUCCCAACCGAAUCACGCCCAUCAGACAACAAAGAGGGAGAAGCAUAGGGCAGGAUCCUUCUCCCACUAUGGUAUUAACUUUCUUCAUUCCUUUCUACAGGCAUCGACCGGUAUUCAAUCUGAUGCCAUUAAAGGCCACACUUGCUACCCAGCACUUGGGGUUACCUCCAGGGCAUCUAUGACACAUGAGGGUAAGGUGGGGCUUUCCAGCCCAUGAAAGAGAGAGAUUUCUUCCUAACAGGCAACAUUGGUGCUUUGGCUGCGCGUUCCUCCUCCCUCCUCCCUUCCAUGAUGCAGAAAGAGGUGUGAGAAGCGAUAAGAAAGGAGGAUCUGAACUGCAGAACUGUAAAUAGAUUUUUCAACCGCUGAAAUCUGCUAGAGUGUUAUAGAAGCAGCCAUGCUACAGAUGGAGAGAAAGCUGGCCCUGGUUGAACACUUGCACCUGUUGCUUGUCUCCUUUUUCUAUCCCCUGCUGACUGUAGGACAUGUUAUCAUGCACAAAAAUCCAUCCUGUUUCAAGGCCUCUAGCAGAUGCUUUUGACUGAACUGAGGUGACUGCUACUGCUCCAGACAUACGGACACUCAAGAAGGCCCAUGACACUCACAAGAGGAAGGUAGACUACGAUCGCAGUGGUUUGGCUCCAUGACUUCAACAGGGAUUAAGGAUUUCCGCAUUAGACCCUGCUGCUUUGGAGAAAAGGCAGCUUGUUUCCAACACAGGACUAAACACUUAGCAGGCUAUUGCAUUAUUUUUAUUGUUGUGAUUUUUCAUUGUACCUGAACCAGCAACAAGGUGUGAGGCUGACGUGACCUAAGCUGAGGAAAAAUAAUUUAAGAGGGAAUGGGGAGUUCUGAAAUUCAUGGAAAUGCUUUCAAAUGUAUUUUAUACUAUUACAGAACACUAUGGGGUCACUUUCUGUCAACUUUAGAAAAAACCUAGCUCAGUCCACCAUUUUCCUAUAGCUGACAACAAGCAACUUGCAAUCUUUCCCCUUCAGCCUACAGUAAAAACCAAGGCUUUUGACUACAGUGGUACCUCUGGUUACGUACUUAAUUCGUUCCAAAGGUCCAUUCUUAACCUGAAACUGUUCUUAACCUGAAGCACCACUUUAGCUAAUGGGGCCUCCCGCUGCUGCCAGGCCGUGGCGGUGCGAUUUCUGUUCUCAUCCUGAAGCAAAGUUCUUAACCCAAGGUACUAUUUCUGGGUUAGUGGAGUCUGUAACCUGAAGCGUCUGUAACCCGAGGUACCACUGUAUUGAGUUCCCCUAACAGCAACAGAAGGAUUUGCUAGGAGGUAGGUAGCAUUUUCCCAGCAGACUUAGUGGGGAGGGUCUCACUACAGGAAAGCAUGCAGUUUCUCUUCUUGUUGUUGUGUUCAGGUUCUUUGAAAUAAACUUUCAUAUUAAGACACAGACUAUAUGCAAACAAGCAUGACUACAUUUGUUUGUAUGUAUGCAUAAGGUACUUGGAUAUUCGAGGGAAGUAGAAAGUUACUGGGGAUAGUUACACCUUUUCUUUCAACACCCAUCUAAUAUCCCACUCUGAGACAGGUAGAGCUAUUUUAUCCACUGGAGGCCACAUGUUCAGUUGCCAGUUGGUGAUGCUAUUACGUUUCACAGGAGGAGCAAUGCAUCUCCACAAUAGGGGGCAGCCAAGAGGGGGCUCUGCAGAUGUUUUGGAUUAAAACUGUCAUCACCUCCACCCAGCAUGGCCGGUGAUUGUAAUUGUGGUCCAAAACAUCUGAAGGGCACCAGAUUUGCUGCUCGCUGCUCCAGGAAGAAAAAAAGAAACUAGCAAGGGCACAUUUAAAGGUAGGAGAAAGGAAGAGGGUGGACUUCUUUGAAUGAUAAAUAGCAAGACUGUCACAUGCUGAUAUUAUAGUUUUUAUUAUGAUAGAUUGAUAACAGAGUGUCUUUAUUAUUAGGCUAUUAGGAUCUUCUUGUUCAAGUCUUUUCAAAUAUAUUUAUGAAAGAAAAAUCAACAAUGGAAUUUUAAUGGGGACCCGGAAAUUCAAAACACCUUUUGAGAACAUCCUCAUCCACACCAAAUUCCCUGCUGUUGACCAUGCCUUUAAGGCACUCAGCACUGGAGGGACCUCACUGAGCAUUUAGAACCAUAGUUCCCAGCCAUUGGAGUAAGGUUGACUCACACAUUGGAAAAGAAGUUCAUGCUACAGCUCCUUCCACUCAGCAUACUGGGAUUCAGUUAGGAGUUCACAAAG